AUGCGUUUCUCCAGUGGCCUAUUGCUCUUUUGUGCCGAUCAGGUGGUGGGUUUAUCCUACGUUAGUAACCGGAAGCUGGAGAGCUUGGUUGUCAACGAUGCUAAUUUGGUCCUGAUCAAGACGCAGGAUUGCAAUGAAUUGUGCGACAUGUACGAGAAGUCUCUAGAUCUGAUACGUGAAGGCUUCGAAUCUGGCGAAGGCGUCGGCAAAGGUAUUGAAGAUUUGAAGAAAGUUAAGUUUUUCAAGACGGAGAUCUCUGCCAACGAAAAGGAGCCGUUUCAGAAAAAAUUUGGCCUGGCCAGAUUACCUACAACUUUGUUGAUUCGUGGUCCGUGGAUCUACGAUUACAGUGGAGACCUGGUGAAGGAAAAGGUAGUUGAUUUUGUGCAUAAGUAUAUGGCUGAUAUUAUGGUGAAGUUUGAGAAGGAAAAGGAAGCGCGCGAGUUCUUGAACAAGGAGUUAGAGCCAUCGGACGUGCACAUUUUGAUUGAGACUGACGAGGCUGGUCGUCAGAACUUCGAAAUGAUAGCCGGAGCUGAGCGCGAGUUUGCCAAGUACGGGUAUCUCGACUCCGGUGCCAAGUACGGCGAGGGGAAAGGUUCGUUGACUGUGAUGAAGUGGGGCAUGAAGAGUCCGUUGGUGAUAGGCGGUUUGGAUUUUACAGAUCACAAUAAGGUGUUCAAGACUAUUCUGGAGCACCAGAUUCCGUCUAUAACCGCACUUGAUAUCCCAAAGAUGCGGUACUUCUUUAUGCAGGCGAAGGGAUUCGCAUGGGUCAUCGCCACUGAGGAGGAGUUUAACGAGGCGUUGGCCUCGGAAAUGAAGGGACUGGAUAGCAGCCGGGGCUUGCACUUCAUCCUUGUGGACCCGACAAAGGACCAGCAGUUCCUUGCAUUUAUCAACGAAGUAUUAAAGAUCAAGGACCGUGAGAUGCACAUCAUAGUUACGGAUGUGGAUGGCCCCGGUCGGUAUACGUUCAACGGGCCCUGGAAGCGUAAGGACAUAGAGAAGUUUUUGACGGGGGCUUUGGAAGGUCGGUUGGAGAGAGAGAUACAGGCGGAGCCCGUGCCCACCGACGACCAAGACCGACUGACUAUGCUUACCCGGACUGGCGAUCGUAGACCACUGCCACUGCCCAAGAUCUCUUCGUCCGAGCUUGCCAGCAACGUUGCACGCCAGCACGAUUCCGAAUGGGUCGUGGUCGUACCGUCCAUGCUCUGCCAAGAACACGUGUGCGAAUCUGUAUUGCAAACACUCAAACAGUAUUCGGAAGAAUACAAUCUUACCAACCUCAGUCAAACUCAGUGCAUUAAAAUCGUCAUGAUCGAUGGGCAUCACAAUGAAUUCUACCCCGAAUGGAACUUCCCCAUAGCCAACUCCCCCCCUGCUUGGUUUAUACCCAAACGUACCGCCGGAACUACCGUACAGAAUUUCAACAAGUCCGAACUCAAAUUGGAGCAACUGGACACUCUCGAACACUUCAAGGAAUUCCUUAACCAAAACUCCAACUGCACCGCAUUACCCCACGCUGAUAAGCCCAAGGUGGACAAACUCGAUGCCGACUACUCAAAACCCAAGGCCGAAGAGCUGUAG